UACACACACAAUUUUUUGAAGUGAGAUAUUUUAUUAGUUCGUUUUUUCUUCUAUUCCAACAAUAAUGGGUAAGAAGCAAAGGAACAAGAAAGCUAGUGCUGCCGCUGCCGCUGCGGCUGCUGCCAAGGCCAAGGCGGGCAACGGCAACAACAACGAUGCCAAAACUGUAAAAUCGGCAAAUGACAACAACAACAACAACGGGGAUGCUGGACAAAAGGAUCUAUCAAAGUUCAACGCCGAGUAUCGCUCGAAUCUGAAGAAACUCAUGAAGCUGGCGCAAGAGUCGCCUUCAAAGUCGAAGGCUCCAGCCCGGAAGUCCUCGUGCAGCACCUGUUCAAGCGAUGCAACGCUGACAGACAGCGAUGACAUGCCUGAACUGGAGGAUGUGGACAAGCAAGACUGCGAGGCGGCCCAAAUGAACCUGCCCGCCGAUUUUGUAAGCAUUGCCAAGCAGUCGCGCGGCGAGAAGAAGGCACGUCGUCUACUCAAUAAGCUCGAUUUGAAGCCCGUCGAGAACGUCUCGCGUGUGGCCAUGCGCAAGUCUAAGAACAUAUUGCUCUACAUCGAUCGUCCGGAGGUGUUCAAGUGUCCGCACACUGAAACCUACAUUUGCUUUGGGGACAUACGUGUCGAGGACAUUUCGAAUGCGGCUGCCGCUCAUGCCGCUGAGCGCUACCGCUUACCGGAAUUGCCGAACUACGACUUGAUGCCAGAGAGCCUCGAACUGCAGGACAAAAAACACCUGGAAGGUGAAGAUGACGAUGACGAGGAGCUGGACGCCCAGGGUCUGGACGAGAAGGACAUUGAGCUCGUGCAAAUGCAGGCUGCCUGCUCUCGUAAGAAAGCUAUCCGAGCACUGUUGAAGAACGACAACGAUGUGGUCAAUGCCAUCAUGGCCCUAACCGUGGCUUAAGCCAUUCCGUGGUUCUCAACACAUUUUUCUUUAAAUUGUCCUGAAAAUUUUACACAUGGUCCAGGCGAAGCGGCCCCCAACACCAUACCAUACCACAUUUGCUACACACUAUCUCUAAUAAAUCCAAUAUUAACACACAAUAUUGGGAUAAUUUAUCGAAAAAUGGCCAGUAUAUCCUAUUGCCAUAGCACCUUUAUAUAUUCUCAAUAAAACUGGAAAUUAUUUAAAAUAAAAA